AUGACAGACCAGACCUCAGCGGAAGACCAGUUGUUGAACCAAGACAACUCGAGUGUUUUCCUCGAUGACGAUGACGACGACGAAGUACCUGUGCAAGACUCGACGGAUCGCCCGUUGUCUCUUAGCGGUUCAGGCAGUCGCGAUGAAAGGCAGGAAGUCUACAAAAUGUCUGCCAAAGACACUCGAAGAGUCCGAUUAGGGCGCUUGGCCGUCACGGUCGUCUUGCUGUUGACUGCGUUGACCGUGACCUUGACUACCUACAAGCUGCUAAAACGGGAGGAACAACACAGCUUUCGAGUGGCCUUCGACCGCUUUUCUCGCACUGUCGGUGAUGCAGCCAUCCAGCAGCAGUUGAACAUUCGAGAAUCUCUCAGGACACUGGCACAUUCUGCUUCCAACUACGCUUUGGCCGCCAAUCAGAGCUAG